GCGAAUGGCAGCACUCCCAAUUCUAAAUCAAACGUCGUACCCGUAUUUGCAACUCCCCAGAAACCUACAGGCUUCAAUGCCCUCACGCCCGGCAGGGCAGCAGACCGAUCUGCGCGGAGGAAGAGCGCGAGAGCCCUGAUAAAUCGAGUUGUUGGAGAUGGAGGGAGCGAUGACGACGACGAACACAUUGGCGACGACAUUACACGGCAGAUUUACGAGUCGAGCGAUGGUGGAGAUGAAGACGACGGAGAGGACGAGCUCGAGGAGAGAACAGACGGCGAGGCGGCAAGCUUUGUAGCAGAGGCGGCUACACCUUCAAAAACGCCAGCUCGACGAAAGGGCCGGCCCAAGAGAGCCAGAUCGCCAACGCCGCCGAGAGACUUGCCUCCCCAUGAGCUGUAUUUUCUGCACAACAAGCCAGGCCGGCCCAAGACGUCGGACAAUACCUUGGCCUCCCUCAAUCUGCUCUCCCACGACGAGUACUUUAGCAUUUUACGGGAGCACAAAGACCGCCACGCCGAAAACAUCGAGUAUCUCGAGUCUCUACACGCAGAGUCUUUUCCACAAUGGGCGUUUGAGCUGUCCCAGGGCUUCAGCAUAUGUCUAUAUGGCUUGGGGUCCAAGAGGCAUCUCCUGCGCAAGUUUGCAACCUACAUCCACUCCAACAACAAAUCCACAAAGGCUGGCAAGAUUGUCAUGGUCAACGGCUACGCCCACACCACAAACCUUCGCGAAAUCCUCAGUGUCGUCGCGUCCGCCAUUGAUCCCACCCAAAGAGUGCCAACUGCUCAACCAGCCAUCAUGAUCCAGAGCAUCAUCUCCCUUCUCUCCACCACCAAACUCACCAUCACCAUCAUCAUCAACUCUAUCGACGCCAUCCCCCUCCGCAAGCCCGGCUCUCAGGCCAUCCUCUCUCAGCUCGCAGCUCACCCGCAAAUCAACCUUGUAGGUUCCGCCGACACGCCCGAUUUCGCCCUGCUGUGGGACAUUGGCGUUCGGUCAGACUUCAACUUUGUCUUCCACGACUGUACCACUUUUUCGCCUUUCAAGGCCGAGCUCGACGUUGUAGAUGACGUGCACGAGCUCCUCGGCCGGCAAUCCCAGCGCGUCAACGGCCGUGAAGGUGUCGCGUUCGUCCUCAAGAGUCUCACAGAAAAUGCAAAGAACUUGUUCCGACUGCUUGUUGGCGAGGUUCUGAUCGCAAUGGAGGACGAGGGUGACGAGGGUGUUGGUCUGGAGUAUAGAAUGGUGUACAACAAGGCCGUGGAGGAAUUCAUCUGCAGCUCCGAAAUGGCAUUUCGGACGUUGCUCAAGGAAUUCCACGACCAUCAGAUGUUGACAAGCCGUAAAGACAACCUGGGAACGGAAUUGCUAAGUCUACCGUUUAGAAAAGAAGACCUUGAAGCCAUUUUAGAGGAUUUAACU